AUGAAAUUUGGUAAUCCAUUUGUAUUUGAAGAAUGGCUAUAUCGUUCUCUGCUAAACAGUAAGAAUUUUCAUUCGUUUGUUCGUCGUGUGUAUAAUAGAGUGAAUGGUAUUAAAAAUGAACCUAUAACUUUUAGCAAACCACAGGCACAGGAUUUUCUGUAUAAACCUACAAAUUAUCAAAAAUUCAUUGCUUUUAAGAAACUUUUUAUUCAAGAUGUUAAAUCAUCUAUGGGAAUAUCUACAAAACAUAAUAACUUUAAAAAUUAA